AUGGCGGCGUCCACCUCGCGGCACGGGCCCGCCAAGGGCAUCCUCAAGAACCGGGGCCCGGGGCUGGCGGCGGACGAGCCGGCGUGCCUCGCGGCGGACGCGGCGCUGGGCCCCAAGAAGUCGCAGAAGUGGGACGAGACGAGCAUCCAGGCCACGCACGGCCCGGCGGGCGCCGACUGCGGGCCGCCCGCCCCGGACGACGGCGGCGACGAGAGCCCCGGCGGCGACGCGGAGGCCCCGCGCUGCCCGGCCGGCCGUGCCCGGGCCCGGGAGCCGGCGGCGCCCGACCUGUCGCCCGCGGAGCAGGAGAAGAGGCGGCAGUUCGAGGUGAAGCGGAAGCUGCACGACUCGGAGGGGCUGAGCCUCCGGCUGGCCCGGCAGCUGCUGUGCAGGGACCUGCGCGACGACGACGACGAGCCCGGCUCGCCGGGGGCCGCCGAGGGCGCGGGCGCGGGCGCCGCGGGGACGCCGGGCUCGUAG